AUGGCUCCUAGCAGAAUUGUUGAUCCUACAUCCUUCCAGUCUAAUGAUGCGAAUGGACUCAAGGCGAAAGCCUUGCAGGAGACGUGCGAGCAGCCCGACAUAUUUUAUCAGGACAAAAGAUCAAUUGAAGUCAUUCGAGGUUUGGUCCUGGAUUGUUGCCAGCAAUGGGGUACUGGCCAUGGAGGGAGUGCUCUCGGGAUGGCAGCUAUAGCUCAAACCCUUUGGCGACAUAUCCUGCGCUAUGACCCUGCACACCCCGACUGGUUCGAUAGGGACCGGUUUGUGCUGUCGAAUGGCCAUGUGGGCAUUCUGCAGUACAUUCUCCUGCAUCUAAGCGGAUACGAAAAAUGGACCAUGCAGCAACUGAAAGGUUACUGCCACCCCACUGCUUUGGACUUCACCAGUAUGACCAAGACUCAUCCGGAAAUCGAGUUUGAUGGGCUGGACAUGUCGACCGGGCCGCUGGGCCAGGGCAUUGCGAAUGCGGUUGGCAUGGCCAUUGCUAAUAUGAAUCUCCGAGCCACCUUCAACACGGACCAGUCAGAGAUCAUACUGGGGAGAGUGUAUUGCUCUACUGGGGAUGCUUGCUUACAAGAAGGGGUCGCUUUGGAAGCAAUCUCCCUCGCUGGGCAUCUCAAGCUCGACAAUCUUACUCUCAUCUAUGACAACAAUGGCAUCCAAUGUGAUGGUCCCAUCACUCUCACUACAAGCGAGGAUGUAAACGAGAAAAUGCGAGCUUGCGGGUGGUACAUUAUUGAUGUCUUCGAUGGCAACCACGACGUGGCCAAUAUAUAUACGGCCAUCACUUACGCCAAGCAGCACAGAGGGAGCCCUGUGUUUAUCAAUAUAAGAACCACGAUUGGGCAUGGGACCGACAAAGCAGGAACACACAAAGCGCAUCACACGUCCUUUGGAGGACAGACCGUAGACCAAUGUAAGAGGAAGUGGAAUUUGGACCCCCAGCAGACACAUUACGUUCCCCAGGAGGUUCGCACGUAUUGGGCAGAGAUCCCUAAGCGUGGUAAGAUACUCUACCAGCAGUGGGAAAGGAACCUGGAGAAAUACCAGAUGGCAUGUCCAGAGAGAGCCGAGCAACUGUUGUUGAAAGUGCACGGAAGGCUACCGUCGGGCUGGAUGCGGCUUCUCCAUGAAUUUCAGCCUCCAAACCACCCCAUCCCGAUCCGCCAAGCGUCCGGACAAAUCCAUGAUUAUCUUUGGGAUACAGUCUCAUUUAUCGCGGGCUCGGCAGACCUUUCCGAGCCCAACUUCAUGCUGAAAGGUGGACAGCAACGCUUUGGCUCCCCUAGCCACCACGAUGGAAUGUCAUACAGUGGCCGAUACAUCCACUACGGGGUUCGAGAGCAUGCAAUGAUGGCAAUUGCAAAUGGCAUAUCUGCCUACUCGCGAGGGGCAUUCAUUCCAGUCACUGCCACGUUUGCAAUGUUUCAGCUUUAUGGAGCGCCUGCUAUCCGUAUGAGUGCACUCGCCAGACUGCCCGCCAUUCAUAUUGGCACUCAUGAUAGCAUUGCUGAAGGUGCCUGCGGUCCCACGCACCAGCCAAUCGAACUUGUUAAUCUGUUCCGCUCCAUGCCCGACAUUCUGCAUAUCCGCCCGGGUGAUGCCGAGGAGGCUAUUGGUGCCUGGAUGAUGGCAUUGAGCUUUGAUGGGCCAUCAAUCAUCGGUCUGAACCGUCACGCCGUCCCAAUGCAGUCAGGCACAAAUCGGCACAAGAUGCAGAGAGGGGCUUAUGUUCUUAACAAAGGUGUGGGAUACCAAGUCACCCUGGUCUCAACCGGGGGAGAUUUGUUUCACGCGGUGGAAGCAGCACAGCUGCUAAAGGAUUGUGGGGUCCCAACACGUAUAGUCUCAAUGCCAUGCAUGCGACGGUUUGAGGAGCAGGACGAGGAAUACCAGCGAAUGGUUUUUCCCUGGGAUGGGCGGCCUGUGGUGUCAUUUGAGGCCAUGUCGACUGACGGCUGGGCGAAGUAUGCCACGGCAAGUAUAGGGCAACUUGGUUUUGGAACUACGGUGGCCGCAGAGGCUGUUUAUCCCCACUUUAAACUCACUGCUGAGGAUGUCAAAGAGCGUGUGCUCAAGUAUCUGGAUGGACUGUUGGGAAGGAAUGCACACACGGUUCCGUGGCGGAACAUUUAG